AUGUCUGCUCCAGCAACUUUUCAGAUACCUCCAAAGUCAGUAUCAUCACCAACACAACCGUCACUCUUUUCCUUCGGAUCACACCAAAAUGCACGCAAUGAUCAAGAGUAUCCUAUAUCUCCGUUAACUACUACUACCCCAACCUCACCACGCACAACACAAUCAAACAGUCGGGGAAAAAUGCAUCAACGAAGCUAUACCACUUCAAAAUUUGAAGUCAAAGAAACAAAUACUAUGUGUAAGGACUAUGACCCGGUUACGGGAAAUAAGAGGGUUAAUAAAUAUAUGCUUAUUAAGGAAGUUGGGAGGGGAGUGCACGGGAAAGUCAAGUUGGGAAGGGAUAUGGAAACCGGUGAGCUUGUUGCCAUAAAAAUAGUAGAUCGUACAUCACGAAAACGUCUUGGUCAACGUCAUAACGAACUUUCAAACGAACAGAAAAUACGGAAAGAAAUAGCUAUCCUGAAGAAAUGUGCACAUCCGCACGUCGUAAGACUGAUUGAAGUCAUUGACGACCCAAUGAGUAAGAAGAUAUAUAUGGUAUUGGAGUAUAUGGAAGGCGGAGAGAUACGCUGGAAAGAUGAGAAUAAUCGUCCUGUUCUGAGUACUGAAGAGGCAAGGAGAAUAUUCAGAGAAGUGGUACUUGGUCUUGAAUACUUACAUCACCAAGGCAUUAUUCACCGUGACAUUAAACCCGCGAAUUUACUCUUGACUGUCGAUGGUGUAGUGAAAAUAUCUGAUUUUGGUGUAUCAUAUUUCAGUCAGCGUGCCAACACAGCAUCAAUUGGAAGCGAGAAGGGAACAACAAUACAAGAUUCAGAACUGACCAAGACAGCCGGCAGUCCGGCUUUCUUUGCUCCUGAGCUGUGUUUUCCAGGUGACAUAUCACUUGACCUAUCUCAAAGUGGAGCAGCGUCUGCAUUGUUUAGUAGUGAACAUUCUAACGCUUCAAAACAGUCAUCGAAUACUUCAUUAAGGCUUCAAAGACCACCCAUCACGAAAGCUAUUGAUGUGUGGGCAUUAGGGGUUACUUUAUAUUGCUUUAUAUUCGGACGAUGUCCUUUCAUUGCAGACACUGAAUUCGAGUUGUUCUUCAACAUUAUACCAAAGAAACCCCUCGAAUUCCCUGACGAUGUUAAGAUUACCGAUGAUCUUAAAUAUUUGUUAACGAGAUUAUUGGAAAAGGAUGCUGCUAAACGAAUCACACUGGAAGAGGUUAAGAGGCUUCCUUGGGUUACGAGUGGUUUGCCAAAUCCUGGGAAGUGGCGGGAAGAAACUGAUCCUAAGAAAUAUCAGGCCGUGACAGUAACAGACGAAGAAGUCAAGAGUGCAUAUACUCUUAUUGGUCGAUUAAAGAAGAAAUUUCGCCAAAUAUCUGUCUCACUGGGACAUUUGACGCUGGGAAACCUCCGUAGGAGGUCUAAAUCCGUCUCGGAAGCAUCGAUAGCGCCAAUAGACAACUCGUCAUACUCUGCAAGCUCAGUGCCGACACAGACCUCCGAGCCAAUUUCCAUUCGCCCAUCGUAUACUUCUAACGAUAUUCUUGAAGUUAAUCAGCAUCGACAUGAAAGUAUCUAUGGAUCGAGCUUUCCUGAGACAUAUGCCUGGCGACGAUCACGGGAAGUCGAAAACUAUGAGAAGUAUAUCGUACACGAUGAUACUCGCUCAGUCUCCUCCUCAUCUUCUCUCUCUGUUGCAACGUCUGCGACUUCUGAUCGGGUUGAUCUCCAUCAUUCAGUCUCUGCUCGGCAUUUAGGCAUCGGACGACAGAAUAAUCGUUCACAUAGUGGUCUGAAACGGACUUGGACAUAUGGUGGAAAAACCAACAGCUUUGGGGAAAGGACUGUGCAGAAUAAGGAUAGUCUGAAUGAGACUGGACAGAUGGACAAUACGGAUGAAAGAAUUGGUAGUAACAAUGAAGAGGAUAGAAAUGAAUCUGAUAAAAUCAGUCAAAAAGCGGAGUAA